CUGGUGGGGGCGUGGCCUGGCCUCAGGAGCUCACUUUUGCUGCCUUCCACAGGCCUCCCGCAGGAGCCUCGUUCCAAGGGGAUUCGCGCCCACCCCACGGCCGGAUGUGGGGUUCCAGCAGACACCUGUGUUCCCUUGGAUGGCCCAGAGCCAGUUCCCUGGGUUCCAGUGACAGGAGGCAGAGGAAGGACCACACCAGCAAACUUCAUGAGUUGGCACUGCUGUUGCCUGUGGCCCUGAAGACAGGCACCAAGAAGCUCACCAAGAAGGAGAUUCUGCUGCAUGUCCUGCAUUACAUUCAGUACCUCCAGAAAAGCAUCAAUGUGGCCAAGGCCUUGCUCAAGUUCCACACCACCAAUGGGGAAGGCGAACUCGGGGGGCUGGGAAGGAACUGGGCCUCGGGCCCCGCACGGCGGAGACACUCCACCCCUUCGAGCUCCCCACACUCUCACAAGUCCCGUCUUCAGGGAGCCUGCCGGAAACCCCGGAAGAAGAAACCCACUGGAUUGUCAGAACGCCAGACCCGGGCCCAGAACCCUCGCCGCUGUCUGGUCCUGGACGAGCCCGGGAAGUGGGCGACCCCAUCCCCAGAGCAGCAAGGAAGACACAUGGGGGGGACCACCACCCCUUCAAGACGUGCCAGCCCUGGCUGUCACCCCAAAGUUGCGUCAUCCCUGCCUCAAGGUGACAGGAAGGGAGGCAGGUCCCGGCUGACGUUGCUGGACAUGGCCGAGAACAGCAUCCACUGUGACUUCUCAGGCUGCUAUGGCCCCGUCAGUGGCCAGGGUGAUGGGCUCUACCGUGCCUUCAAGGCCCAGCAAGGGGCUGAGCGGAUCCACUUUCUCAACAGGACUGAGCCCUGUCCCAGGCAGAAGCUGGUGUUCUACGAUUCCAGCGAGGAGCUGGACAAGGAGUCCCCAGAUGCUGACCCUUGGCUUCCUGCCUGGACCCCAGAGGGCAGCCCCCCUGGGAGCCCGCUGGCCUUGGGGCCUCCCCAGAUUAACAAGUGGAGUGUGACAGGCCACCCGAGCGAGAUCCUAGGGCUCAGCCCCUCCCUCUUCAGCUCCCCAGGAAGGCUGCCACCAGAUCAGAUCCUGGGGGAUGGCACCGAGUUCCUGACCCAAGACCUCUUCAAAGAAGUGUUCCUAGACCCCGAGUCUUUACCUUCUGAUGACGUGCUUGAGGCGCUCCAGGACAAGGAGAUGCCCUCGGAGACUCCCGAAGACCCCCCCGACUCCCACAGCCUGUGCCAGUCCUCUGUCUCUCUGGACCACUGCUACCUGUCGCUGAGCGAGAACAGCAAGGCACCGUCCAGCUCCAGCUCCAGCUCCAGCUCGGAGGACUCAGACACUGAGUCGGACGUUCAGGCCGACCCCGAGGGCCUGCUGUCCUCCAGUGACGAGGAUGGGGACUACACGUGGACCCCCACCCGGCAGGCCGCCACCCUGCCCGUGGCCGGGAGGAAGGCCAGGAAGGGCCAGGCAGGCUGGGGCCCGGCGAAGCCCAGGGAAAACAAGAAAGCCCCCUGCCCGACCCAGAUGAAGAAAAAGUGCGUCAAUGGCUUCAUCAUGUUCUGCAGGAUGAACCGGAAGCAGUACAUCCGAGCCUGUCCUGGGACCGCAUCCACGGCUGCCACCAAGGAGCUGGCCCAACUCUGGCGGGUGAUGACCCAGGAGGAGCGAAGACCGUACUGCAUCAAAGCUCGCAGGUUCAGCCUCCAGCACAACCGGAUCGUGAAGCAGGACAGCUCGAGCAGCGAGGACGAGCACUGGGGGACCCCCAAGCCCUUCUACCAGCUGCUGGCCGAGAAGGCCCGCCGUUCCUCAGACCUGGGCCCUCCGCUGCCCCCUCAACACAACUGACAGGGUAACCCUGCCGUGCCCCCUCCUCCUCUGCUUUGCAACCGGGAGCCGGUGAAGAGGUCGUCCCCUCCUGGGCCUCACCCCUCCUGGAGCAGGCUGGGAGGGGGCGUACUUAGGGCCCCUGACGCUGUGUGCGUUUGCCCGGUGCUAGGGCUGCCUGAACUCGGCCUGCCCGCCGUCCCCUGCCCCGCUCGGGUGCCUCCAGGGGCGCCGCAGGGCCGGAGGAGGGGAGCUCUGAGGGAAAGGCAGUAAGGUGAAGUUUACGAGAAGGGGCCCACUCUGCCCUUCCGCUGCCCAGCCCAGGGUCCAGCGGUUUCAGCCGCGUUCAUUCUUACCUCGCCCCACUCCUCCCUCCCCUGUUCUAUUUAUAGAUUAUUUAUUGUUCGCAACAAAAUAAAGUGGAA